CGUGCAACAUCACCGCCUGGCUCUCUGACCUUAACUAAGCUAAAUCCUUGAAAGGUGGAACCCUUGAUCUUUCAUACCAGCCUCGUCCUAGUUUCUCACGUGGGUCCAGAUAAAUUAGUGGCACUCACACUUCAGCCCGCCUCUUCCCAAGAGAUAUCCUUCUCUGUCAUCUGUGAUUCUUGUUUCACCUGUAACCAUCUGGGUUGCGCUGUUCCCACGCACUGCCUGCUGCCCUUAGCUCGCGACGCCCUCUAGCUUUCCUUCUCUUAGCAAGGAAAGCCUUAGCUGCGCCUGGCAGUCGAUCGCCACAGCGCUGCCACCGGAGGAGAGCAGGGUAGAGUCUUCCCAGUCUCCAGACUCUAGUGAUCUCCGGGCCUGAUGCCCCACGCGUGUCUCCGAGCCAGGUUCAAGGUUGCAGUCCGGCAUUAGUACAGUCACGCCAGGCAGGUCCUGGGACUAGCAGGUGGAGAGGUCCUUCCCUGUACCGAGUUGCUUGAUGAUGACGUUAGACUGCGUUCCGUACAACGCGAGGUUUUCUGCGCGGGCGCAUCGCUUCUGGUUCCCUUUGCCGUACAAGCCUAAAUUACUGCGCAGGCGUUUUGGUUGCUGGUCGUGGUGGGAAUACCACCACUAAGCUUUCUGCGCACGCGCCUGGGCUACAUUGUUCCUCUGCCCAGAGUCUUAGCUAGGAAGAAGAGAGCGCCCCCGGUGUUGAGUGCUGCCAAGAACUUUGUCUCUUUGCGGCGGCACUCCAAGACACACCCGGUUUUGGAAGGAAAGACGUCAGGAUAGAGCUACCGAAGGCGUCUGGAUGUCUCUGAAUCCUGACGCUUCAACCCCUUUGGCCUCCAGCAGCUCGUCUUAAGGGGCGGGGCUCCCGCUGCUCUCCCCGCGCGUCUACACUUUGCUCGCAAUGCCUCUGCCGCAGGGUGACGUGACUGCCUUAUUCCUGGGGCCUCCGGGCUCGGGAAAGUCCGCGCUGAUCGCUGCGUUAUGCGACAAGAAUGUAGACAUGGUCGAGAUUCCUGAAGGACGGCCGGAUUCUGGAGUCCCCAGUCUGAGAGCGGCGGCUCCAGGCCUCUUCCUGGGCGAGCUGAGCUGCCCACCCGCAGCUCCGGGGCCCUGGGCGGCGGAGGCCAACUUGCUGGUAUUGGUGCUACCAGGACCUGAGGGGACCGAGGAGCCCUUGACCCCAGCUCUGGGAGAGGCAGCGCGGGCCGCCCUGGCCCGAGGGACCCCGCUGCUGGCAGUACGGAAUCUGCGUGCUGGAGACUCCCAGAAUGCAGCUCAGGCCCGGGAUCAGACUGCGGCCUUGCUGAAGAGUGCUGGGUUAGGAGCUGCGCCUCUCUUUGUGCUGCCGGCCAAUGGCAGCAGCAGUGACUGCGGCGAGGAGCUGGAGCGCCUGCGGGUGGUGCUGCGGACCCAGGCGGAGGCGCUGCAGAGGUUCCUGCCACCUGCCCAGGAUGGCUUCGAGGUGCUGGGCGCAGCAGAGCUGGAAGCUGUGCGCGAGGCCUUCGAAACCGGUGGCCUGGAGGCGGCGCUGUCGUGGGUGCGCGCUGGCCUUGAGCGCCUGGGCAGCGCGCGACUGGACCUGGCGGUGGCCGGCACUACCAACGUAGGCCUUGUACUAGACAUGCUACUGGGACUGGAUCCUGGCGACCCAGGUGCUGCGCCUGCUUCGGAACCCACUGGGCCCACCCCUUAUCCGGCUCCAGAGCGCCCUAACGUGGUGCUCUGGACCGUUCCCCUGGGCCCCACCGCCACAUCCCCUGCCACCACCCCUCACCCAACCCACUACGACGCCCUGAUCCUCGUCACCCCUGGGGCUCCCACCGAAGAGACCUGGGCCCAGGUCCGCUCGUUGGUGUCACCAGACGCUCCACUCGUCGGCGUGCGCACGGACGGCCAGGGCGAGGAUCCACCCGAGGCUCUGGAAGAAGAGAAGGCUGAGAAGCUCGAGAAAGCAAGCGGCGGGAGCGCAGGGGAUGCCCGCAGCGAAGGCAAAGAAAACCGUGGCUCCGGGGACUCGGGGCCCACGGCUGCUCGGAGUCCGGAGGACGAGCCGUGGGAGGUACUGGAGGAGGUGCCUCCGCCCGUGUUCCCUCUGCGGCCCGGUGGUCUCCCGGGGCUGGGAACCUGGCUUCAGCGCGCACUGCCUGCGGCUCAGGCCGGGGCGCUGCUGCUGGCGCUGCCACCCGCAAGUCCCCGCGCAGCGCGGAGGAAGGCGGCGGCGCUACGGGCAGGGGCGUGGAGGCCAGCCCUGCUGGCCAGCCUGGCGGCAGCGGCCGCCCCAGUACCAGGAUUGGGCUGGGCUUGCGAUGUGGCUCUUCUCCGGGGACAGCUGGCUGAAUGGCGGCGCGCGCUAGGCCUCGAACCAGCGGCAGUGGCACGCCGUGAGCGUGCCCUGGGCCUUGCUCCUGGAGUGCUGGCCGCGCGCACGCGCUUCCCGGGCCCGGUGACACGCGCCGAGGUGGAGGCCAGACUGGGAUCCUGGGCUGGCGAGGGUACCGCGGGAGGCGCGGCGCUGGGUGCGCUCUCCUUCCUAUGGCCCGCAGGUGGCGCAGCGGCGACAGGUGGCCUGGGUUACCGUGCGGCUCACGGUGUACUGCUGCAGGCCCUGGAUGAGAUGCUGGCUGAUGCUGAGGCGGUGCUGGGACCCCCAGAGCCCAACCAGUGAGGGGUGUGGUGGGGGCUGGAGGGACUGGUGACUUGGUUUCUGGCCCCACAGCUUCUGAGAUUGAGGGGUGAGGGGUGGUACUCAAACCCGGGGACUUGAAGGAGACUGACUUCUGGUUGAAAUCUGCGACUUCACAGUCACCCGAUUUCCUGGGUUCUGAGUGAGUAGGGUCUGAGCACCCUUAGUUUGCCAUUCAGACAGUAAUGUAGGGAGGGGAGUUGGGGGCUGGACUCCUAGAAAUGGGAGCCUUUUGGCCUCCAGCUGGCAUCUGGUCCUAGAUCUGGACGCCUCAAUUCCUGCCUGACUGUGGGUGGCCCUAUGGCUGUGGACCGUGCUAUAGGGAGUUAGAACCCUUGGAGUGCUGAGUCCCAAAGGAAAACGAGAUGUAAGUUGCCCCAGAAAGAACAGGUUUUCAGGACCGACCCAAGAGGACUUGGGACCUUCAUUUCAAAUGAGAAUCUUAAACGCUGGUUCCUAAGAAGGCUCUGUGGACAUUGGUUGUCAAUUCCUGGGUGGUGGGAAAUCCGUGGAGAUCAGGGGCUUGCUGGAGACCCCCUGGUCGCAUGGAGAGUGGCGGAUCAUCCACCAUUUGCUCUCCAAGGCUUUGUUGUGGAGAACACUGUCCCACAAAAUUGAAGGGAAGGGACAAGAGGUCUGGGAAUGGUGGUCUCCUGAUGGCCAGAGUCUGGGCAUCGGGUCUUUGAGGUAUGGAGAAAUAGAAACCUAUACUUCAGAAAUA